AUGGAAUCUGCUAUUCCGCAACAAAUACGUGCCGAACUGGGACAAAUUUUAUCCAAUCUCGUACUGGGAGACAAUGAUAUUCGUCGAUCUGCUGAAAAGGUUCUCAACGACAAAUGGCUCGCGACUCAGCCCGAAAUAUUGUUAUUGGCACUCGCAGAAUUUAGUCGCCAGAGCCCUGACGCACAUAUGCGAGCCUUUGCUGCGAUUCUGCUACGACGACUCAUAUUCCGCCCGCCGCUCCAUCCAGUGCCAUCCCCUCAUCCUCAUCAAGCUCUUGCUGCAUCCAAGACGACUAUCUAUGACCAUUUGUCUGAGGCAACUAGGGGAAACCUCGAAACCAUUUUGCUGGCUGCACUCAAAGAAGAACGGGAUCAGAGUGCUCUCAAGGGCGUCACCGAGACUAUUUGCGAGCUGGCUGUUGGAAGUUUUGAGCGAAAACGCCCUUUUCCCGAAUUGCUCAACACUGCGUCUCAGCUAGCCAAUUCAGGCGACCCUAUGCACAGAGAGUCUGCCUUCCGGAUAUUUACCAACGUGCCUCAUCUUCUUUGGGACCAAAAUCCACAGCAAGUGGUGGCGGUGCUAGAAAGUGCUCUCAAGUCUACGGAGCCAGUUUCGGUCCGGCAUGCAGCUCUCAAGGCAUGCGCGGUUUAUCUUUCCUCAAACGAUCCCGGAUUGCAGAGUCAAACGGUCGGGCUCAUGUACCCAGUACUUGUUGCCUUGAAUGAAUUCUCCCCAGACAGCCAGACGAAGGCACUCGAGACCCUCACCUCUCUCGCCUCGGACCACCGCACCGCCGGAUUAUUCCGCCCUCACAUUGAUACCCUCACGCGCCUCAUGGAACCCUUUCUGAACGAACAGCGGCCCAGCGCGGUGGAUGCCACGGCAACGCCAACCUUGGCAAACCCGGUCUACCUCAAUUUGUUUGGCCACCGACCGUUUAUGGUCAGUCUAACCGAGACCCGUCCCGGAAUUUUCAGGACACCUAUACUACCCGGAGACGACGGUCAGGGGACUACUGGAGGAGAGAUACUUGGAGGUGAAAAUAGUGUGCAAACAGCAUGGGUAUCUACUCUGGUUCGGGCGUGUCUCAAGGGUAUGGGUGAGGUUAUCGAAGAAGAGGGGAACGCAACGCAAGUGGCAUGGGAAGAGUGUGAAGAUCCUUCCGCCAUAGAUGAAGACUUUGGAUAUCCUCAGGUAUUUGAAGGAACUCUUGAUCGAGCAGCGGUGGCACUAGGGGGAAGAGCACUACUUCCGGUCGCAUUCCGUGACAUUCCAGCAAUGCUCGGGUCUCCCGAGUGGGGCGUUAGGCAUGCUGGACUCAUGGCUAUUGCCGCAGUCGCUGAGGGCACAUAUCAGGUCCUGGAGCUUGAAGUAGGCAAAGUUGUCGAACUCGUUGUCCCUAUGUUUGCGGAUCCACACCCUAGAGUUAGAUUUGCUGCAUGUCAAUGCAUUGGUCAGUUAUGUACGGAUAUGCAGGAAAUAUUCCAGCAAAAAUAUACCAAGGAGAUUCUUUCUUGCUUAAUACCAGCGAUGGAUGCACCCGAAGCGAGAGUUCAUUGCCAUGCGGCAAAAGCAAUAAUCAACUUUUGCUGCGGUGUGGAAGCGGACGAACUGGCUCCAUACUUGGAUGACAUUGUCAACAGGCUAUUGCGUCUUCUUGGUAGUAGUCCGCGACGAUACGUUCAGGAACAGGCCCUCACGACUUUGGCCAUGGUCGCUGACGCGAGCGCCGACAAGUUCCAAGUGUACUACCCUUCAAUUAUGCCUUUACUUAUGCAAGCCCUAAGAUCACCAGCUACUCCCGAAACUCACGUGCUACACUGCAAGGCUAUGGAGUGCGCUGGUUUGAUCGGAAUCGCCGUUGGCCGCGAGACCUUUCAGCACGAUGCCACUGAACUAAUUAAAGUUUUGCUUCAAUUACAAGAACAACCAAGCACGGAUGACGACAAUACUCCAAUGUACCUUCAACAGACAUGGUCGAAAAUAUGUCAAGCACUUGGAGAUGCAUUCGAACCAUAUUUGCAAUACGUGAUGCCACCCCUUUUCAAAAGUGCGAGUGUAAAGCCAGAUAUCAAUGUAGUUGAUGACAACGACGAGGUCGCCACACGAGACGGUUUUGACGUACUAGACCUUGAUGAUGGACAGCAUGUGGAAAUUCGGACAUCGGUUUUAGAAGAGAAAAGCGCCGCUUUCGAUGCGCUGCUUGCUCAUGCUUCGACCUUGGGAGCUAAGUUUGGGCAGUAUAUUCGACCUACUCUGGAACUCGCAUUACCAAAUCUCAAGUUUUACUUUUCGGAGAAUGUCCGUGAAGUCAGCGCACUGCUUAUACCUACGUUGGUUAUGAGUGGUAAUUCCACGGGAGUGAUUUCUCCAGAAGAGCUCAAUGCGAUUUUCCUCCAAGUCACAAGGGCCAUUCAGCCAGAAGGGGAUGCCGGAUUCCUCGGGUCACUCUGCAAGUGCUUGGCUGACUCAUUGCUCGUGGUCGGGCGCCAGGCGAUCGUGCAACCAUUAGUCAACGAAAUAUCGGUUGCAUGUAAAGCUCAAUUAGCGGCGCUGGCCUCUCGUCGUGACAUGCGAGCACGUCGACUAAAGCGAGGGCCAGAAUGGGAAGAAGACAAGGAAGACAUGCUUCUGUUACAAGAACUAGAAGACGCUGCGUUAGACGAAAUGGGUAGACUAUUGACGUUCUUAGAUUCCAGUCACCAGUUAUUGAUCGCCAUUGGCUCUAUUAAAGAGAUGGGACUUUGA